AUGAUGAAGCUGCGGUGGUGGCGGGUCGACGCGUCGGAGGUGGCCGCCGUCACGGCCAUGGGCGUCUGGGAGGCCGUCCUGGCUGGCGGCGGCCGGCGCUUCAUCAAGCGCAAGGACAGCGACGCCGGCGAGACCGGUCGGGCGCUGGAGGAGCUGCGGAGCUCCCUGUACAACGAGAUGCACAGCUCGGAGGGGGCCAAGCGCCAGCAGCAGCGGUUCUGCGGCCCGUCCGUCGCGCUCACCUUCAACUUCGCCGUCGCCGUUGGGAUCAUCGUGGCCAACAAAAUGGUGAUGGGGAGUGUCGGGUUCAAGUACCCGAUCGCGCUGUCGCUGAUCCACUACGCGGUCGCGCUGGUUCUCAUGGCGAUCCUCAAGGCGCUGUCCCUGCUGCCGGUUGCGCCGCCUUCCAAGUCGACGCCCUUCUCCUCUCUGUUCGCUCUGGGCGCCGUGAUGUCUCUCUCCACCGGGCUCGCGAACGUGAGCUUGAAACACAAUAGUGUAGGUUUCUACCAAAUGGCUAAGAUUGCCGUGACUCCGACGAUCGUCGCGGCGGAGUUCAUGCUUUUUAAGAAGAAGGUUUCCUGUCAGAAGGUUAUCACACUGGCAACGGUGUCAAUCGGAGUGGCUGUGGCCACAGUCACGGACCUAGAGUUCAACUUCUUCGGCGCCUGCGUAGCACUGGCAUGGAUCGUCCCUAGCGCGGUAAACAAGAUCCUGUGGUCGAAUCUGCAGCAGUCCGGAAACUGGACCGCCCUCGCGCUGAUGUGGAAGACGACCCCCGUCACCAUAUUCUUCUUGCUGGCGCUGAUGCCUCUGCUGGAUCCGCCGGGCCUGCUGCUGUUCAACUGGAAUUUCAGAAACAGCUGCGCCAUUGUCAUCUCUGCUCUGUUCGGCUUCCUCCUCCAGUGGUCCGGCGCUUUGGCACUUGGCGCGACCUCGGCACUGUCGCACGUGGUGCUGGGGCAGUUCAAGACCAUCGUCAUCAUGCUCUCCGGCUACCUCAUCUUCCGCUCCGACCCCGGGGUCACCAGCAUCUGCGGCGCCGUCGUGGCCCUCGGCGGCAUGUCCUUCUACACCUACCUGGGCCUCAAGAAGGAGACGGCGGCGCCCAGCGGCAAGAAGCCGCCGUCCAGAUCGAAUUCCUUCCUGGGCAAGCCCGCCGGCGAUGGGGGCAGCUCGGACUACGAGGACUCCGUGUGA